AGGAACGACGGCACCGAUUUCCCCCUCACGGUGCCCCGUCGUGGGAAAGGCCAACGUCGACACACACAGAUGAUAACAACCGCGCACACGCUCGUCCCGCGUGAAGUCCCACGAAAAUGGCCUCCUCGGAGAUUGACGAUUUCUUGGCGGGGCCACUCGUCACCUGGUUUGCUAGCUGUUUGGAGAACCCCAAUGCGUUGGCGAACUAUGAGGACCUGGUGGACGGGGUCUUGUUGCACAGUGUCUUCCUGCAGAUCAAUCCGGAGCCGCUGCACGACGAAGUAGCGCCGUCCAACAACAAUCCCGUGAUCCGCACGAAAAACUUGAGGACCGUGAUACAGAACAUAAAGCAGUUUUACGAGGAGGAGUUGGAUCAUGUGAUCUUAAAAUUGCCCGACGUCGCGAAUUUGGGAAAGGAGCCGGAGUUGUACAUAGCGGAUAUGAAGUUGCUGCUGUUGUUGCUCCUCGGAUGCGCCGUCCAGUGUCCGAAUAAGGAGAAGUUUAUUACCAAGAUAAAAACUCUGCACGUCGACAUGCAGCUUGCGAUAGUAGAGUGCAUUAAACAGGUCACGGACCACCAAGACAUAGUCAUUACGCAGGAUGGGAUGGAAAAUGCAAAUAUGGGUUAUCUGUUUGUCCAAAUCAAAAAAUGGAUCCAAGAAUUGGAUUUAUAUCGGGAGAAAUGGAGGGACACAGUGCUGGACGAUAGCGUUGAGCGAAACGAUUCGUCUAUCAGCGCGGAAUCCGAGGACAUAAGUAAGGUGCAGCAAUCUCAUCCCGUCGCUAAAACGGAAAGAGAGGAUAGUCAUCAUUAUGCGGUUGAAUUGGCCGACUGGAAGUCUAGAGUUCGGAAACAGCGUCAAGAGUUGGAGGAAAAAACGGAAGCUCUACUCGAAUGUAAGGAAGAACUGGAGCAUAACAAAGCGUUGCUCGUAAAACUAAGGCAAGAGAAUCAAGAGUUGAUGCACGAAGCUCGUACCGCUAAAUCGUACAGGGAUGAAUUGGAUGCUGUGAUUGAAAGGGCAGACAGAGCGGACCGUUUAGAGAUAGAAGUGACGCGAUACAGAGAAAAACUUACGGACAUCGAAUUUUAUAAAACACGGAUAGAGGAGCUACGCGAAGAUAAUAGAGUUUUAAUGGAGACCAGAGAAAUGCUCGAAGAACAGUUAAGCUCAUCGAGAAACAGAGCCGACAAAGUAUUGGAGCUUGAAUCUGAAAUUAUCAAGUAUAAACAGCUACUCAACGAUAUGGCGUUGGAACGUGCUGCUGACAAAGAAAAAUAUCAGGAGCUCGUUGAGGAAAAUACGCAGCUGCAUCAGUUGACAAAAGCCGCCGCCAGUGAGGCUGCAUUAGCUGGAUCUAGCGACUCUGAAGAACCAGUGCACAAUGAUAAUAGACUGUCCGAACAAUUAACGAGCAAUGCUCAGGCACGAGCGCUAAAAUUGGAACUGGAAAAUCGCCGUUUAAACACUUUGAUUGAUUCGCUGAAAGAGAGUUCAUUCCAUGAAAAUUCCUCUCGCGUUUUGGAGUUGGAAAAGGAGAAGAAGAAGCUGUCGUUGAAGAUUGAAUCAUUGAACGAUAAUAAAGAAAGACUUACGCAACAAAACACCGACUUAGAAUUAGUCUGCAAGCAAGCGUUGGAAGAAAAUAAGAAACUUCAGAACAGUCUUAAAAAUCAACGAGCUUCCUUCGAGAAGCAGCAGCAAGAAGUCCAGACCCAUCACGUAAAGAUGAUGGAAUUGGAAAAGAAUUAUGAUACCGCGGUGAAAGAGAAGCAACGUGUUCAGCUGUUACUGGAGAGCGUGCAACGACGCGCUGAUGACUUAGAACGCACUUUGGAAACGACAAAUCAAAAAGUUGAGGAAUUGAAGCUCAUCGAAAACAAUAUCAACGAUAUCAACUCUAAAUGCCUCGAUCUCGAAGCAAGGCUAACGGCGACCGAGAAGGAGAAGGACGCCGCGCAACGCGACAUUCAUAAAUAUAGAGAAACAAUUGAGGAGAAAGAUGUGGCCUUAGACAAAGCAACAAAUUCAAUUGAAGUCUUGGAGAGGAAAGUAGGACAACUUGAACAGGAGUUGCAAGAUUGCGUUACGCAGAUAUCGAGAUUGCAAGAAAUUGAGCGAUCCAGCAAAGAACUCGACUCACGAGCGGCGAUCGAUAGAGAAACUUUGGAGAUACUUCAAACUAAUCUCGUCGCAGAAAAGCUGAACAAUCAACAGUUGUAUACGGUUUUGGAAAAACUCGGUCUUAGCGAUAAUACAUUGCUGUCCCAACCUCUGGAGACCAUAUUGGAAAGAAUUGCCCAAAUACCAGAGGUGAUCAAUCAUAUUAAAAAAUCCUUCGUAUCGGAGAGCAGUGAGGAAGUAACGUCUGAAUCCGCAUCUUGUACCGACAAGGAAAGCGAUGUUAAUAAGACUUUAGAGACCAUGAUAGAACCCUUAAAGAGAGAACUGGAACACUUCCAGAUGAAGGCAUCCAUGUCUGAAACAGCAAUGGAGCAUUUAUUGUCCGAGAAUGCGAAACUCCAGGUUCACAUAACGACGUUACAGUCGCAGAGCAAUUCGCUAACCGCGCAACACACCGCGCUCCAAUUGGCCAAUUCGCAACUUGUCGCGGAGAAAGAAGAGCUCCUGAAAGAACGUAGCACACAGCAAAACGUGUAUUCCGCGCUGCUUCACGAUCAGAACACCUUGCAAUCCUUGCACGAGCAACUGAACAACGAGUACGAGAAUCUACGUCGCGAACGCGACGCUCUUAAGUCGAAUUUAAGAGACGUGAAGAAUGAAAACAGAACGUUGCGCGAGACUUGCGAGAGACUGGAGGCGAGAAGUGAAACACUGCAAUCCGAACGGGAAGCCUUAAUUAACAACACGAAGAGCUUAAAUAAUUUGCGAGGAGAACAUUCGAAGUUGAAGGAUGACUUCAGAAACUUGUAUACGGCGAGCGAAAGAUUAAAAGCGGAGUACAGGAACUUGCAGGAUGAUUAUAGGAAGAAUAAGAUCGAGAUGAACCGCCUGAGCUUAAAGCAGACGGAAAUGCAGGGCGAACUUAGCGUCAAGGACGAACAGUGCUCGGAUCUGAAGUUAGAAGUCAAUAGCCUUCACGAACGAUGUGAUAGGCUACUGGAGAUGAACUCUGGAUUGGAUAACGACAGACGUUCUUUGAUGGAGCAUAUAAGCUUGUUAUUUACACAAUACCACGAACUUUUAACACAUUCGCUUCAAGAUAAGGAGCAUUAUCAUAUGGAAGAAAAAUUGUUUGCGGAUAAAGUUAAUCACUUGUACAGACAAAAAGAGAAGUUGGAAGACAAGAUUAUGGAGCACUACAGAAAAUUGAACAGCUGCACUACCAAGAAGAAAGGUUUUGGGGCCAGUCUAGUUCGCAGAGUCAGAAAAGCCGGAUCGGAGCUUCUUAAUAAGAAUCGACGUUCAUGGGCUGAAGAUUCGAAACAAUCGGACAGUAAAACGUACGAGUCGGACACAGGCGGGAACGAUUCAGACGCGAGCACUGACGAUUACCAUUUACCUGGACCGAGCAGAGUUUUUGGAUCAGACGCGCUUGGGCAUGCGGGAACCAGAAGAACGGUGUAUUAUACUGACGAUUCCCCACCAUCAUCCGCUUCUUUACCUACGGAAAGGCUGCUGAGCGAGUCCUUCCAGGAGCAAGGAGACAACGCCGCGCAGAUGGAGACGAAUUUAAAACCGGAAACGCAAGUCGAGUCACGUCCCUUCUUGAUCUACAACAAAGUAUCGGCGGUCAUAAACGAGUCGAAGAACAUUGGCAGUCCGUUGAAGGAUGUAGCGCAAGAUGAGGCACUCGCGGAACCUCCCGCCGACAAAGAGCCAAAGACCGGCAGUCCGAUAUGGUACGAGUAUGGUUGUGUAUAAACUUCCUCGAUGCUUCCAUUAAUACGUCCGAAACAAAAAGAGAGAAAAAAUAGUGUUUUUAUACGUAUAUUCUCGUAAUUUCCAGUUUACAAGAAAGCUUAUGUAUAAGCAUCCCUCCACUGCAUUUUGAUGCGUAUUUUUUCCUUGUUAGUGCAUUAAAAAUCUCACUAUUUUGUACUCUCUAACGGACAAAAACUAACGCAAAAUACGAGUAUAUACUAUUCAAAAAAAAAAAAAUCGUGAAACCGUUUUACAGAAAGUAUUACAUAUACUAAAGAUUUAUAUUUUGUAGCUUUAGUAAAACGAACUACCAUAAUUGCUGAUGCGAUCGCUCCCGAAAUUACAAAGUAGACUUAAGAAUAGAGCGCCUACGAGUUCCUAAAAAAAGCUGUUUGUGUUAAGAUAAGUCUCUAAAAAAAUACUUUUAUCAUUGACUCGAUUUGCGAAUUUGUCGUGUUUUUUUUUAUCUCGUGUGUUUUCAGGUCCAAAUCUUUUUAUAAGAUUUUGAGAAUAAAUUUCAUUCGCGAGUAGAAGGUACUGGCUGGAUGUGAUUCAUAAUUAAUUUAUGAACGAUCCUCUCGAGGAUGAUCAUGAAAACAUGAGAUAAAAGUGAUCAAAUUAAAGCAUUUAAUUAUAGCGCGCUUGCCUUUAUUUAACGUUUAAUCGAUUUUAUUUUUACAUAUGUACAUUUACAUACUUGUCGAAGUUUUCUGUUAUAUAUACCGUUCACAGCUAGCUAAUGCCACGUAUUUACCUACUAUCGAAGUGUAGGUAGAAUUUCUAUGUUCAUAUUCUUCAGAAUGUAAGAUAUAACUCUUCUCAUUAAUAGACGCCAAGACUAAUAUAGUUGACAAGAGCUUAUGCUGAUAGUAACACAGCAUAAGCAUGCAAUUUGCUUUUGCAGGUUACACCGAUUACCUCUUUACCGCUCGACUUAUCACAUCGAUGUGUAAGCUAAACAGAUUAUUUUCUACAUUUUGAUAACUUAUACAUUUUAUAAUGAUUGUGUAUGCGCUAAGUAUAUGUAGAUAUACGUCUUCUGUGUCUUACAAGUUUUUGUCAAGUGAAAUCAUGCACAAGAACAUAAUCGAGUACUUAAUAAUUCAGUAUUGAAUAAUCUCUUCGUCUUUUAUCGUAUUCUUGCUACUUCCGAGCGCUGCCUUCUAACGCUGUCUUCCUGCAGAACGCGAUACGAAUCGUCACGAUCGGUGCGUGAUACGUGAUUUAUAUUUACAAUUCCGUUAUUGCAUAUUGAAUAAAAGUAAGCACUUAAAGUGA